GCAUCCUACCAGGACAUUGGAUAAAACUAAACAAACAUAUUUAAGAUGGCCGUGCUGAAAGUGAAAUUCACCAAGACCAACAGGGACAAGCUUGCCCAAGUGCUGUGGAUCCUCAACUGGGUUUCCGUGGUGACGGGGUUGAUUUUGUUUAGCCUGGGGCUCUUCUUAAAGGUGGAGAUCAACAAACGCUGGGAGCUUAUGGCAGAAAGGGACCUCCACUACGUCCCCAACAUGCUCAUUGCCACAGGCCUCAUCGCCUGUGGCAUCAAUUUCCUGGGCGGGAAGAUCUGCUACGACUGUGCGGACACCACUAAGUUCCUGCGCUGGAAGCUGCUGAUGCUGCCCUACGUCAUCUGCACCUUCUUCUUCACCUUCUGCAUCCUGGUGGGGGCUCUCAUGUGCUACGGCAUGCGCGGGGAGCUGGAGGAGGCUCUGGACCUGGGUCUGCGGGACGCCAUGCGCUAUUAUAAGGACACGGACACACCAGGCCGCUGCUUCCUGAAGCGCACUGUGGACCUGCUGCAGAUCCAGUUCCAGUGCUGCGGCAACUUCGGCUUCAGAGACUGGUUCCAGAUCCAGUGGAUCAGCAACCGCUACCUGGACAUGUCCUGCAGGGAGGUUGUGGCCCGGCUGAGGAGUAACGUGGAAGGGAAAUACCUGAUGGACGGGGUUCCCUUCAGCUGCUGUAACAUUAACUCACCACGGCCCUGCAUCCAGCACCAGAUCACCAACAGCUCAGCCCACUUCAACUAUGAAUACCAGACAGAGGAGCUCAACUUGUGGAAGAAGGGCUGCCGCCAGGCCCUGCUGGAGUACUACACCCACAUCAUGCAGUCCAUUGGCCUCACCGUCCUCAUCAUCUGGCUGUUUGAGCUGUCGGUGCUGACCGGGGUGCGCUACCUGCAGACAUCCCUGGAGAACGUACUGAGACAGGGGGACCCAGACUCAGAGUCCGACGGCUGGCUCCUGGAGAACAGCUUUGUGGAGACAGCCAGAUCCAACUUCAAUAUCAUAAAGAGCUUGGGGAAGUGCAACCAGAUUGGCACAGCCAACAACGGCGACCCCAACAUUGACGUCCCCUCCACAGCCUACUAUGGACCAGACAACCUGCCCCCAAAACAGAUUCCUGUGGCCAGUUGACACCUGCUCAGACACCUUAUAUAGCCCACUCCACAGAGCCCUCAAAAGGUGAGGGACCGGGCAAUACACAUCAAAAGUUUGUCUAAAGAACAGGAACUGCCUCGAGCAAUAAAAGCUUGCCUGAAAGAAACAUGGAAUUGAGGCGGAAUAGGACAAUGUGGCAAACCGAGCAAUGUUUGUAAAAGGGAGGACUGCCAUUACAGGAGGAUUGGGUGAUAUGACAGUAUGCAAAUGUAUUUGCAAAAGAGACAACCCAUAGCAGAUUGGUAGAGAACACGAUUAUAAUAGAUAACAUGGAAAUGGAUAGCAGAGAUUGUAUAGCAAGCAUAUAAAACAGAAUCAAUGUGUCAUCGAUUGUAUGCCAUCAUCACCUUGUUACCUUCUUUUCAUAUACCCAUAAUCAAAUUCAUUUAAAAGAGUGAAAGCCAAACUGUGUUAUUCCGCCUUCAACUUGUGAACCCUUCAUUGACAAUCGUCUACAGAAAUACAUUUAGGUCAAACAUUUAAUUAUUUAAUUAGAGCCAGAGACUUGUUAACUGAAAUAGCACAGACAUAAAAUAAAACAAACCAAACAGUCAGUCACUUCAAGUUCCUAACUACAUUUAAAUGUGCCUCAGCCUGAAUGUAAUGAUAAGGACAUUGGUCUAAAUGAAAAUAUGCAGACCUUUUCCCACUGUAUUGGGACAAGCUUGUAGAAAAACAUGGCAAUUAAAUGUGUGCCGAGUCUUGAUAGAAUACCCAUUUAGGCUUUUACAAAUAUUCACUCUAGUUUUCUACAGCUAUAGACCAAUGCAACUCAGCAUGUCUUACUCAUUAGCCUUCAAGAAAUCUUACAAAUAUGUCAACAGGGGAAGGAUGCAUGUGAGUUAGAGGGGUUUGUGGAAUAGACAUUGCCUACAGAUGGAAAUCCUAAAGGGAAAGAGUAAAUAAGCUUAUAAAUACAAUAUCCUUUUGGAACGUAUACAGUUAUCAAGAUUUUGCUGAUAGUCGCUCGUUGGUUUUGUUCAGUACAAGAUAAACAAUGACUGGUAAGACACAUUCUGUAGGAGAAAUCUGAAGACCAAGCACAGAAGUGUUGGCACUUAAAAUAAAUAUCACUGGUGCCAUUUUCCUACUGUACUCAAAAAAAUAAAACACCAUGUCUUUAUUUUCUUUACAUGACAUGUGAUGAACUUGUACAAUAAAGUAUUCCUGUGCAGCAAGUCUGUAUGCAUAGUAGUGACAACCAAGAUUGAGGUUUCUAAGCAAUAGCAGAAUUGAGCUAAGGACCCCCACUGCCUCUGAUUACCCCUAAUCUGUGUCCGAAUGGGAUUUCACAUUUACAUCUCACCUCCAAUCAAUUAGCAGACACACACAGUCUAUUACGGGCACAGAGCCAGAGCCACACCAGACUACUUACGGUUCAGUUUCAACUACUGAGCACUACAGAUACGACACUACCAAUCAACACGAUAUGCGAUCUUGGAUGAGGUAUGAAAGAGGCUACCUUAUUUCAGUCUUUAAGCAAAACUAUAUAGGUUCUGUGCCUGGUCCCUCACUGUGGAAUGAAACAGAGAGAGGAAAGUCAUAUUAGCAAGUCUGAUUUAUUAG